AUGAAAUGGACAACCUUGGAAGAAGAGGACGCGAAAAACCAGGAUUUGCGCGAGGAAAACGUGCAGUCUUUGAAGGAGUGGGUUCUGAAACAACCGCACUUUCCUCCAGUUUCUGACUUGCAGCUAGCGAUUUUCCUCCAUAGCUGCUAUUGGAGCAUGCAGCAGACCAAGGUCGCAAUUGAAAAGUUCCUAACUUACAGGAGUGCAUGGAGAGAGUUCUUCGCGAAUCGAAACCCGAACGAUCCCAAAGUGAGGAGCGCCAUGGAAGUGUCGUUGUGCGCGAUUUUACCAAGCAGAACCGUGGAAAACUACAAAAUCAUCUACUGCAAGUUUAUGAAUUCCGACGUCGACAGGUAUGUGGCGUCGAAUUGCUUCAAAGUCUUCGACAUGGGUGUCACCCUGGAAGUGAUGCAGUAUGGCACGUUUGAAGGAUACGUGAUCAUUUGCGACUUCAGAAAUAUUGGAGUGGGACAUGUUUUGAAAACUCAGAUCACAACAAUGCGGAGGAUUCUGCUGUAUCUGCAGGAGGCGCUACCAGUCAGGAUGAAAGGCCUCCACUGCGUAACGAUACCAGCAAUGUCCGACCUAGUGGUACCCCUAUUUAAACCGUUUAUGAAGAAGGAACUGGCGAACUUGCUGCGCUUCCACGGCCACUAUGAAACCUUAGGACAGUACGUGCCCCUGGAAUUCCUUCCAGAGGAUGCGGGAGGGAAAGCUCCGACCAGCAGAGAGCUGCACGAGAGGAUGCAGAAGUCCUUCGUUGAAUCGGCGGAUUUCUUUGUCGAACAGGAAACGUUCAUUUCGAACGAAGGACUGCGCGACCGUCGCCAGUCGUAUAUGGAUCUAGAUUUGGGAAUAGGCAAGGACGGAUCGUUUAAGAAGCUCGAUUUUCUAUACAAUUCGAGUUUACGUUGCACAAUGCACAGUCCCACCCUUCAAGAAUUACCGUACGGAAUGGACGAUGAAAACGUAGCUUUGGAGUACCGAAGACAUAAGGAUUUGCGCGAAGAGGACAUACAAAGUUUGAAGGAAUGGUACGCGAAGCAGGUCCAUCUGCCGCCCAUUUCAGAGAUGCACCUCAUCGUUUUCCUGCACAGCUGCUACUGGAGCAUCGAGAGGGCCAAGUCGACGCUAGAGCGAUUUUUCACGUACAGAAAAGCGUGGCCCGAGUUUUUCGCCGGCACGGAUCCGCGACGGCCGAAGAUGCUGUCGGAUAUGGAAGUGGUGCUGUACGCGUUUCUUCCCAAAAGGACUCCGGAGAACUACAGGGUGUUCUAUAUCAAAUUACUUGAUCAUGACCUCAGCAGGUACGUCCUCAAGGACCAGCUGAAAAUUAUGGAUAUGGUCCUCGUAGUUGACAUAUUGAGGAGCGGUACCAGUGAUGGUUUGGUAAUCGUGUGUGAUUUUGAGGAUGCCACUGUAGGCCAUGUUUUGAAGACGCACGUAACCGAAGUGAAGAAGUUCCUAACUUACCUACAGGAGGCACUACCAGUGCGCCUCAAAGGUCUCUACUAUACCAACUUGGGACCCAUAGCUGACCUUUUCAAGGGAUUAAUUAAACCUUUAAUCAACAAGAAACUUUUGGAAUGUUUGCACUUUACCGACUCGUUUGAGGGCGUACUUAAAUUCGUACCACAGGAGUGUUUUCCCAAAGAGUUUGGAGGAACCGCGCCUUCUAUUUACGAUCUUCACGUCGAAAUGCAAGAUUUGCUCUUAAGUAACGUGCAGUUCUUCAUCGAAACGGAGAAGAUGGUCACGGAUGAAUCGAGACGCGAUAGAAGACCGUCGUACAUGGAUCGGGAUUUGGGGAUUGGCGCGGUCGGAUCGUUUAAACAACUGGAAUUUGAUUAGUUGUCUUUGACUGUAUAUUAAAUGGUGACUUUUGGUGGUGGUGUGGUAUU